CUGCGAAUCCUCAUAUCAACUGACAACCACCUGGGUGUCUGGGAGAAGGACGAGACCCGCCGCGAUGACUCCUUUCGCACCUUUGAGGAGGUCCUCCAGCUGGCGGUGGAGAAGCGGGUGGACACUGUGCUGCUGGGGGGCGACCUCUUCCACGAGAACAAGCCCAGUCGCAGCACCCUGGUCAAGGCCAUACAGCUGCUGUCCAAGUACUGCCUGAACGACAGGCCCAUACGGUUCCGGAUCUUGUCCGAUCAGAGCGUAAACUUCGUGUCGGGCCGCGUCAACUUCGAGAACCCCAAUCUGAACAUCGGUCUGCCGGUGUUCACCAUCCACGGCAACCACGACGACCCCGCGGGGCAGGACUCCCUGUCCGCGGUGGACAUCCUGUCACAGACCGGUCUGGUCAACUACUUCGGGAAGCACGUGAGGGGCGGUGCAGCUCGGAUCACCUUGUCCCCGGUCCUCAUUGAAAAGGGCUCCACUCGGCUGUGCCUGUACGGCCUGGGCAACAUCCGGGACGAGCGGCUGGGUCGCUCCUUCCAGACCCCGGGCUGUGUGCAGUGGCAGCGCCCCGCCUCCACUCCGGGCUACCCCUCCGACUGCUGGAUCAACAUGUUCGUGCUGCACCAGAACCGGGUGCAGCACACCGCCUUCGCCAAGGCCUGUGUGCGGGAGGAGCACCUGCCGCCCUUCCUGGACCUGGUCGUGUGGGGACAUGAACACGAGUGCAGGCAAGCAGGGGGAUGGGUAUUUGGGUUUGGGCGCUACAUCGUGCAGCCGGGGUCCUCCGUGGCCACGGCGCUGUCAGAAGGUGAGUCGCGGCCCAAGCACGCCCUGUUGUUGGAGGUGAAGGGAACCAACUUCCGGCUGCAGAAGUUCCGAUUGCGCACCGUGCGGCCGUUUGAGUUCGAGAGUGUGGCGCUGAGGGACGUGCAGCCGCCGCUGAAGCCCGAGGACACGGAGGAGGUGACGAGGUUCCUCACCGCCAAGGUAGGCGCGACGGAGGUACACCAGCGGAGGUACCGCCGGGAUGGGGGCAACCCCGACUCCGCGCCGCUGCUGCCGCUCAUUCGGCUGCGGGUGGACUACACGGGCUUCUCCACCGUCAACUCGCAGCGGCUGGGUCAGCGGUUCGUGGGCAAGGUGGCCAAUCCGCACGACAUGCUGCAGUGGACGAAGGCGCCCGCGAGGAGCCGGCGGGACGAGGAGGGCGCGUACCUGCGACCGGAUGCCCUGGACCAGAGCCGGAUCGAAGACCUCAUACGGCAACACCUGGGGCCUAAUGCUCUGGAGGUGCUGCUGGGGUAG